AUGGCGGCGGGCGAGCGGAGCGCGGCGCGGCGGGAGGCCACGGGGCGGCGGCUGGCGCGGUUCGCGGCGCUCAGAGGGAAGGCCGCCCGGCCCGGCGAGUUCUGGGACGUCGUGGCGGUGACGGCCGCCGACGCGGAGCAGGCGCUGGCCUACCGGCGGCAGCUGGCCGAGAAGCUGAGCAGGAAGGAGCUGCCGCUGGGCGCUCGGUACCAUGUGUUUGUGGAUCCACCUGGGCCGAAAAUCGGAAAUGGUGGCUCAACACUUCAUGUUCUUCAGUGCUUGGAAGAGCUGUAUGGUGAUAAAUGGACUUCUUUUCUUGUGCUGCUAAUUCAUUCUGGUGGUUACAGUCAACGUUUACCACAUGCAAGUGCCCUGGGAAAGAUUUUCACAGCUUUGCCUUUUGGCGAUCCCAUUUACCAGAUGUUGGAACUGAAGCUCGCCAUGUACAUUGAUUUCCCCAGUCACAUGAAACCAGGAAUUCUCAUCACGUGUUCGGAUGACAUAGAACUUUACAGCACCGGAGUUACAGAAACCGUCACAUUUGAUAAACCUGGGUUUACCGCAUUAGCUCACCCUUCAGAUUUGACAGUUGGGACCACUCACGGAGUGUUUGUUUUAGAUCCGUCCAGUUUUUCAGGAAAAGGAGGACUUGAAUACACAUGUUGCCAUCAUUUCCUGCACAAGCCUGAUAUUGAGACGAUGCGCCGGUGUGGCGCAGUAUGCGUAAGAGGGAAUUGUUCUCAGCUAAGUUCCUCUGGAGACCGCAGUGACUCAGAAGUGGACUCGGAGUGUGUGUAUACAGACAGUUUAUUUUACAUUGAUCAUAGCAUUGCAAAACAAUUACUGACAUUUUAUAAGCAGAUGGGCGCUCUUUGCUGUGAAAUAGAUGCAUAUGGUGACUUCCUCCAGGCCCUGGGACCUGGAGCCACUCAAGAUUACAUGAAAAACGCAAGUAACAUCACAAAAGAGGAAUCACAGUUAGUAGAAGUACGGCAGAAGCUAUACUCUCUCCUGAAAGGAACUACGCUUAACGUUAUAGUCUUAAACAACUCCAAGUUCUAUCACAUUGGAACUACUCAAGAGUAUUUGUUUCAUUUUACAUCUGAUAGCAAACUGAAAUUUGAGCUUGGCUUGCUGUCUGUGGCUUUUAGCCUGUUUUCUGACAAAGCUGAGACCUUGGAUCAAUCAGCAAGUAUCAUUCAAAGCAUACUUGAGCCUGGAUGUUUUAUAGCACCUGGAUCCGUUAUUGAAUACUCUAGAAUUGGACCUGAAGUCUCAGUAGGGAAGAGCAGCAUUAUUAGUGGAUCGUACAUAAAUCUGAAAGUAGACAUACCUUCAAACUGUUUCCUGACUUCAUUAAGUAUAAAAAUUAACGAUCAAGUGAAGUAUGUAAGUAUGGUGUUUAGUGUAGAAGACGACUUGAAAAAGACUGUGAGAUUGUUGUCAGAUGUACAUUUGCUCCAGUUUUUUGGAGUCAGCUUACUAGAGUGCUUGGACCUCUGGGGUGUAAAGGUUUCAGACCAGCUCUUCUCCAGUGAGAACACACGUUUGGGCUUGUGGACUGCUAGGAUUUUUCCCAUUUGUUCUACUUUAAGUGAAUCGGUUAGAAUGUCGUUAAAAAUGUUAAAUUCUGUGCAGCACAUGUCAGCUUUUAAAUUGAAUGGCUUUCAGCUCUUGUCUGUUGAAGAAAUGCUCACCUACAAAGAUGUAGAAGACAUGUUGAAGUUUAGGAAGCAAAUUUAUGAUGAAAUCCAUCUACAAAGACAAAAAGAGAAGUCUGAUUUGUAGAAUGAACAGUACUUGAACAAAUUUCCUGUUUUCAUUUAUGGAUGAUUGAUUACUUCCCAGCUUGUAAAAAUCAUAAGAAAAAAGUACACAGAUCUUUUCUCUGAUUUCAUUGAAGUAGAAAUAAUGAAACUGCAUUAACAACAUUGUUGUAGCAUAAUAUUAAUAAUGCAGCAAAUGCAGAUAAACUAUUCUUUUGAUGAAAGAAGUAAUGAAAUGUUUCAGAUCUCUGAAAACACUAAUUGGUGACUUUUCUUGGGGUGUGUAUUAUUAUGUUUUGUAGUCUUUGUCAGUAAGAAUAUGAUACAGAACAAAUUAAUUAGAAAUUUGGCUGAAAACUGCUUUAAAAGUUUUUCAAAGUAGAACAUUAGCUCCAGCAACAUGGAAUGAUAUAGCAAUAACUUAUGUUUCUCUCUUUCAUGCUGCCUUUUUACAGUAGUGUUUCUAAUAGGUAGAGAGAAAUUUAUUAAAAGUACUUUUUAA